AUGCGCCGUGGACUGGUUAAAAGAGAGAGUAAUGGCUAUAAACCACUGCACUUUGCUGUUGCAGAAGGUAAUAAAGAAGUUGUCACGUUAAUUUUAAGUAAAGGUGCUUAUGUUGACGCUAAAGCGGCAGAUAAUAUAGCUCCUCUUCAUAUUGCUGCUGAGGAAGCACACUACCGUAUUGCCGAAGAUCUUCUAGACUAUGGUGCUUGUAUUAACUCUUUAACAUUGAAAGAAGAGUAUACACCACUACAUUUUGCUUGUGAGAGUCCUGAAAAUGGUAAUACAGAAACUGUGAAAUUAUUCUUGAAUAGAGGUGCUGAUAUUAGUCUUAGCACUAAAGGUAAUUUAACACCACUUCACAUUGCUAUAAAUAAAAAUCGUGCACAAAUCGUAAGACUGUUCUUACAACAUGGAGUUGAAAUUAAUAAUCUGGAUAAAGAAGGUAAAACCAUACUAAAUCUUGCUGUUGAAGCAGGAAAUUUAAAGAUUGUUGAAGAUGUUUUAAAAUAUUUUCCUGAUAUUAACAAUGAAAGUAACAGAAAUUCUUUUAAAACUGCAAUACAAUGCCAAGAAGGAGAGUACAAGGAGAUUGUUAAGGCUCUUUUAGAUUAUGGUUUUACUAUUAGCCCUGAAGAUGCAUCUAAUCCAAAGUUAUUAUUUGUUGCUGUUGAACAGGGAUAUUUGAAAGUUGCUGAAGACCUAUUGAACUAUGGUGCUGAUGUGAAUAUUUUACACAAUCCAGUUGGUGAAGAAGGACUUAGACCUUUACAUUUUGCAGUCAAAUAUAGACAGGAAGAAGCAGCUAAAUUAUUAAUAAGCUAUGGAGCUGCUGUAAAUGGUAAAACUACAAUCGGAAAAACUCCAAUAUUUUUUGCUAUAAAUAAUAAUGAUUUAAAAAUUACCGAGCUACUUAUAAGUAAUAAAGCUAAAGUAAAAAAUCCUGAGCUACUGAUUAUUGCUGUUAUGAAAGGGUGCAAAGAAAUCGUUGAAACUCUUUUGCAACAUGAUGUUCGUAUAAAUGCUAGGGAUCAACAUGGAAGAUCAGUAUUGCAUUUUACUACUCUGAGUGAAGAAAGUGAAAUUGAGGAUCUUAAUUAUAUGAAUAUUAAAGGAGAAAUUGCUGAACUGCUUCUAAGUAAAGGUGCUAAUGUAAACGCUCAAGCUAAAGAUGGCGCAACAACACUUCACUAUGCUGCUAAAAAAGGAUAUGCAAAAGUUGUUGAAGUUCUUUUGAAAUAUAAUGCCAACGUUAACUCCGAAAUUGUACGUAACUGUGUUACACCAUUGCACUUGGCUGUAGCUAAUGGCAAUAUGAAAAUUAUUGAGAUGCUCUUGAUAUUUGGAGCUGAUAUUAACUCUACAGAUGAGUUUGAUAGAACAGCACUUCAAUACGCCUGUCAAAACGGACUAAAUGCAGAAGUUGUUGGAACUCUCCUGGAUUAUGGUUCUGAUAUUUAUUUGACGUGUAUAUCAAUGCAUAAAGCUCUUGAUUAUAUCAUGACUAGAUACCGCUCAUUCUCUCGACGCAACCCUCAUGCUUAUAUUCGUCCGGUAAAGAAAAUUCUUGAAGUUUUUAAACGUUACAUAGUUAAAAUGAAAACCGCAAAUUUAUUAGAUAUCAGUGAAAGUUAUAAUAGAAAACUUAAUAAUAUUAAUAAAGAAGAUUAUCAGGAUAAAUGUGAGAAAGAAAUAGUAAGAAUGAAAGCAGAAAAGAUUAAUAAUACUAAAAUUUCAUUUUAUGAUAUAUUGGUAAAAGAUAUAAGCUCAUUAGCAUCAUGGCGUAGCUAUGGAACUGCUAAAAGACGAAUGUUGCCACUAAUCCUGAGUUUGGCUUCGACUGUUCACAAAAUGCAAGGUUGUACAGUUGAUCAUGCAGUCAUUUAUCUAGGCUCACGACUGUUUGCUGCUGGACAAGCUUAUGUGGCACUUAGUCGUGUAAGAACCUUAGACGGUAUUCGCAUUGAAGAACUUGAUUGCUCUAAGUUAACAGGAAAAACCCCGUGCAAUAGUGAUGCUUUAAAUGAGAUGAAUAGAUUACGAAACGAUUCGUAA